ACCCCUCACUUUAUCUGUUCUCUCUCUCUAGUACUACUCUCCUCUCAAAGUGGCCCUCGUACUACUACUAUACAGUAGCCUUUCAAAUUGGUUCUUUUUAAUGCAACAGUUCACUGGUGAUUAAGUUUUUGGGUUUUAUCAUGUUCUCACACCCACAUAUAUUGUCAUUAGAGAUGUUAACAUUACUGGACUACAUUCACAUACUAGUGUUCUCAGUGUUGGUGACUUGGGUCCUCGUAGAAUUGCCGAGGAUUGCGCGAAAGGAUUGCCGCUCAAGAGCAGUAGAGGAUACAAAGGCCGCGAUCUUCGCGAAAGUCGCGGUGUCAUGUAACGCGUUAGUUUCGUUAUCUUAUCUGGGUUUCUGUGUUCAUGGGAUCUUGAAGCAGAAGACCAUUUCAUUGGCAGUAAUCUUGUUGGCAUUGUCAUGGAUUUUGGUGACCCUGUUUUCGCUUUACUGUAACAAGAAAGGUGCUGGAGUGCAUUCCACAUGGCCUUUAGUCCUUGUUUGUUGGUGGGUGUUCUGUACCUUGUGUAAAUUCCUAUUCAUCUGCUUCUAUCUGUAUCACCUUGUGGAAGGAGCAGCAUUGCCACCCAUUUUCCGCUCCGCGAGCGUCGUCGUCGUCGAGUUCGCGUCCUUCCCUUUAUCCGCCGUCGCCUGUUCCAUCGCUUUUCUGAUGAGUCCUUCGAAGACUAGUUCGGAGUUACGGCGGCCGCUGCUGUCGGAGGAAGGGAGUGGCAUUGCAGUGGAUGGCUUCUCCCCUGCCGGCUGGUGGAGCCGCCUCACAUUUCGGUGGCUGAAUCCGGUGUUCGAUAAAGGAAGGGCCGAAAGGCUCGAACUCCGGCACAUUCCGACAGUUCCCCUGUCGGAGACCGCGGAGAGAGCCUAUUCUUUGUUGCAGGAGUCUCUCCGGAGUGAAAAGCCCGAGCUUUUCUCACCGCUUCCACGAGCAAUUUUUCGCGCUGUUUGGAAACCUUUGGCCGUAAAUGCAAUCUUUGCAGGACUCAACACAAUUUGUUCCUACAUGGGUCCUCUCUUGAUCACCAACUUUGUGGAACUUCUCUCCGGUAAAGACCCGAAAAGGGGGCAUGGCUAUGGCUACAUGCUUGCCUGCCUCUUCUUCCUCGCGAAGACGGUGGAGUCGCUGUCGCAGCGGCAGUGGUACUUCGGAGCCCGUCGAAUCGGCUUUCGGAUGCGUGCGGCGCUGAUGGCGUCGAUCUACAACAAGUCUCUUCUGAUCAAGAGCUCGCACGCAGGCACGGCCACGGGGAAGAUCAUAAACUUCCUCGACGUCGACGUCGAAAGGAUCGGAGACUUCUUUUUGUACAUUCACGGCGCCUGGUUGCUUCCUUUCCAGAUUUGUCUUGCUCUAGUCAUUCUGUAUCGUAACCUCGGCGCCGCAGCCUCAUUCUCGGCAUUCUUGACCACCAUUGUAGUAAUGGUGAGCAACACCCCGCUGGCGAGUUCGCAAGAGAGCCUCCAUUCCAAGAUCAUGGAGGCGAAGGACGCGCGGAUCAAGGCGACAGCCGAGGGACUAAAGUGCAUGAGGAUCCUGAAGCUGCAUUCCUGGGAGGUUGCUUACUUGAACAAGCUUCUUCAGCUUAGAGAUGCUGAGAGGAAUUGGCUGAGGAGGUAUCUCUACACAUGCUCCGCCGUCGCCUUCCUCUUUUGGGCCUCGCCGACGCUGGUCUCCGUAGUAGCCUUCGGCGUCUGCGUAUUGGUGAAGAGGCCGCUAUCGUCUGGCACGGUUCUGUCGGCUCUCGCCACUUUUAGGAUUCUACAAGAACCCAUAUACAACCUCCCUGAACUAGUUUCGAUGCUGACGCAAACGAAAGUCUCGACAGAUCGAAUUCAGGAGUUCAUCAAAGGAGGAGAGAAACAGAAACAAAGAUACAGCCGCAGUGAGAAGGCUUCGAAAGUUGCAGUAGAGAUCGAGCCCGGAGAGUACAGCUGGCAGGCCAAUUCAGACUUGAAGAGGCCGACCGUCAAGAUCGACGAGAAGAUAACUAUCACGAGAGGGCAGAAGGUGGCGGUCUGCGGGCCAGUCGGGUCAGGAAAGUCGAGCUUACUUUGCAGCAUCAUCGGGGAGAUUCCGCGAGUGAGUGGUGCCGAAAGUAAGGUGUUCGGGUCGAGGGCCUACGUGCCGCAGGUCGCGUGGAUUCAGACGGGGACGGUGCGCGAGAAUGUGCUGUUCGGGAAGGUGCUGGAGAGGGGAUUGUAUGAGCAAGUGCUUGAGGGAUGUGCACUGGAUAAGGAUGUGGGCAUGUGGGCUAAAGGGGACCUGGUUGUGGUGGGGGAGAGGGGGGUGAAUCUGAGUGGGGGGCAGAAGCAGAGGAUCCAACUAGCCAGAGCAGUGUAUGGUGAUUCUGAUGUUCUUCUCUUGGAUGACCCUUUCAGUGCUGUGGAUGCACACACUGGAUCACACCUCUUUAAGGAAUGCCUAAUGGGGCUAAUGUCUAGUAAGACUGUCAUUUAUGUUACUCAUCAACUCGAGUUCUUGCGCGAAGCAGAUCUUGUUUUGGUAAUGAGAGAGGGAAGGAUCGUCCAGUCGGGUAAGUACGAAGAUCUUAUAGCCGAUAACGACGGAGAGCUCGUGCGACAAAUGGCUGCGCAUAGCCACUCUUUGGGUCAAGUCACUUCACCGAACGACUGCGUCUCUUUUACGAGAAAACAUGAGAAGCAGCAAAUGGAGCUCAAAGAAUCAACUCGGACCAACCAAAUCAGGUGUUCAGAGCUACUUUCUGAUACGACGGGCGAGGAAGAACGGGAAAACGGACGAGUUAAAUGGAAAGUGUACCGCACAUUUGUGACUUCGGCGUAUAGAGGAGCUCUUGUUCCAGUUAUUCUACUUUGCCAGGUCCUGUUCCAGGCAUUGCAGAUGGGUAGUAAUUAUUGGAUUGCUUGGGCUACUGAGGAGGAACACGGAAUUACGAAAGAGAAGCUGAUAGGAAUCUUCGUUCUGAUGUCGGUCGGAAGCUCCGUAUUUAUAUUAGGAAGGGCAGUUCUGCUAGCAACAAUCGCCAUCGAAACAGCGCAGCAGCUCUUCCUAAGCAUGACAAGAUGUAUUUUUCGCGCGCCCAUCUCCUUUUUUGACUCCACACCCUCAAGUCGAAUCCUCAAUAGGUCGUCAACAGAUCAGAGCACAGUCGAUACGGACAUCCCUUACAGGUUGGCAGGACUGGUAUUUGCGCUUGUUCAGCUCCUGAGCAUCAUUAUUCUUAUGUCUCAAGUCGCGUGGCCUGUGUUCAUUCUUUUUAUCAUUGUUCUCACAAUCUCCAUAUGGUAUCAGAAUUACUACAUCUGCGCUGCUCGAGAACUGGCGAGAAUGGCAGGCAUCAGAAAGGCUCCAAUCCUCCACCAUUUCUCGGAAUCUGUCGCAGGAGCCGCAACCAUUCGCUGCUUCAAUCAAGAAGAUAGAUUUGUUGCGAAGAACCUCAAGUUAAUAGACGACUACUCUCGCGUCACCUUCCACAAUUCCGCGACCAUGGAGUGGCUAAGCGUCCGCAUCAACUUCCUCUUUAACCUCGUCUUCUUUCUUCUCCUCAUCAUUCUAGUCUCGAUACCGAGGAAUUCUGUCGAUCCUAGCCUCGCGGGGCUCGCGGCGACCUACGGACUGAAUCUAAAUGUGCUACAGGCCUGGGUGAUAUGGAACCUGUGUAAUGUAGAGAACAAGAUGAUAUCCGUAGAGAGGAUUCUUCAACUAUCUAACAUACCAAGUGAGGCUCCACUAGUUAUCGAGGAUUGCCGACCUGCGGAACAGUGGCCUAAAUAUGGAACAAUUGAGCUUGAUAAUCUCCAUGUUCAGUACAGUCCUAGCCUUCCCAUGGUUCUCAAAGGUAUAAGUUGCACCUUCCCCGCGGAGAAGAAAAUUGGAGUGGUUGGUAGAACAGGUAGCGGCAAAUCCACACUGAUACAAACUCUAUUCAGAGUGGUAGAGCCGACAGAAGGAAGGAUACUGAUCGACAGGACGGACAUUACGCGACUAGGUUUGCAUGAUUUGAGGUCCAAGUUGAGCAUAAUACCCCAAGAACCAACACUCUUUCAAGGAACUCUGAGAACUAACCUGGAUCCCCUACAGCAGCACUCUGAUUUGGAAAUCUGGGAGGUUCUGCGGAAGUGCCGUCUCGAUGAAAUAGUGAAGGAAGAUAAGAGCUUGCUGGAUGCGCCAGUUGUAGAAGAUGGGGAGAACUGGAGUGUGGGGCAGAGACAGCUUGUGUGCUUGGCAAGGGUGUUGCUAAUGAAGAGGAAGAUUCUCGUGCUGGACGAAGCUACCGCCUCUGUAGACGCUGUGACUGACAAUCUCAUUCAGAGCACCAUACGACGUGAGACGAAUAAUUGCACGGUCAUCACCGUCGCGCACCGCAUACCCACUGUCAUCGACAGCGACCUUGUUCUCGUACUCGAGGAUGGGAGAAUCUUGGAGUUCGAUUCUCCUUCUCACCUACUUGGAGAUAAAACAUCAGCUUUUUUGAGGCUAGUAAUGGAGUUUAUCGGAAGGUCAAAAUGUGAUCAUCAAUCGGAACUUACAUGAAAAGUAACAGAGGCAGGAGAUUGUUUCCAUAGCUGUGAAUAUCAUUCUAUGAGUUAGUCAAUGAUAAACAUGUAUACAGUCGCGCUAACAUCGUACAAAAGUCUUGUAAUUCAAGUAACAAGUUAAUUACAUCUGAUUUUUGAA